AAAAUAUUCCAUUUUCCGUAGAAUAAAGACGUUUCAGUCAAGUCUGGUCUUGAUACGAUUUGCAUCUCUUGCCCAUUCCUACAGAGACGAAGGAUUUACUGGAUUUAUUUAUUUAGAUUUUUGGCUCAUUUCUGUUCUUCUCCUAACCAGAGCAGUUGAAUGUUUAGUUUGAUUUGGGGCAUGGUUGGUAAGGAAGGCUCCUAUGGCCUCCUCAGCACCACCUGCAGGUCCGGCUAAUUCUGGUGGUGGUGAUCAGGAAUCAAACCACUUACCUAGCAGCUCUGACUCCCCAGUGUCACCUCCACUCAGUGAAACUCCUCCAUUUUCUCGGCACAGUUUCAGUGGUGCUGUAAAGCGUAGUGACGGCACUGAGGGCCCAGUGUCUUCCAGAUUGAGACACUUGCCAGGAAGAUACCUCUCAACUUCUCAGUUACCAGUUGCCACACCACCUAGUCCUCUGAACCCCAGAAGGCACUCGAGUGGUCCUCAAAAGCAUCUGAGACACAGUCUACCUCUAGCUCAGACUAGUACUGGUGUGGAAAAGAAUCACGCCAAAACACCUUAUGAGCGGAGAAGUCCUAGUGUUCCCACCCCUAGAUCGACCUCUCAUCAUCCUCCUACGCCAGCAGCCACACCAGGCUCACCAGCAGUUCUCACUCCAACCUCAACAGUAGCUAGUUCCUCGGCUGGAACUAGUGGUGUCACGCCGCCCGUGAGGCAGCGUAAACGGAGAAAUAACGAAUCGACGGAAGCUGGGCCUUCUUCUUCCGCAGGAGUAUCAACAACUCCGUCAACCAGUCGAACCCGUUCCGGCCAACCGGCCAGCAACGGUAGCAAAAGUAGCCUGCACUGCAGUCCGACCAAAAAGGCGAGACUGCAAACGGGCAAAGAAGCUUCACAUCAAGCCGUAUCACCACAAGCCCAGCAGCUUCAUUCACGAGCAAACAUAGGGGCUGGACACAGUCAUUGUUUGGGAGGGUCGACGUCGGCCGGUGUAGCAGGAGGAGGCGCUGAGGUCACAGCUGGAGAAGGAGAACAGCAACAACAGCGCUUGCCUCAAUUACGUCACCCGCGACAACCGGCCAACACGGGGUCCUGCGCCAGCAACAGCCGGCGAGCCUCGAGGUCCGGCAAAGUGCCACUCAGUACCAGCGGCAGUGGAGCCAGCGGAGUGGGAGGCGGUGGCGGCGGCGGCGGCGGCGGUACCAGUAGCGGAAUCGCGGGUGUCGGCGGCGUCGGCGCACCUGCGUCGGCUGCCAACACCACCGGAUCGGUUUCGGGUACAGCCGGAUUAUUAGUAGCAGGGGCGGGUGCUGUGAUGGAUGGCGGAACUCCUGGAGGACCGUCAUCGGCUAGCGGAUCGCACGCCUCGGCUACUUCCUCGUCUUCGUCGUCCGCUCCUGCGCCAGUCGGUGGAGCGAAUGUUGUCCCUCCCGACGGAGCUUCCGGCUUGCUGAACCUGCCACCAGGUCACGCUGCCAAUCUUCUUUUGGGAGCUGGCGGAGCCGUUGGUGCUGGAGCUGGAACAGGUGAUUCCGAGAGUGACGAUAGUGAAAUGGGUCGACUCCAGGCGCUGCUGGAAGCACGCGGGCUUCCGCCGCAUCUCUUCGGCGCUCUGGCCCCGCGGAUGCAGCACAUUCUUCACCGCUCCAUGGGAUCCAAUUCGACCAUCUCGAAAGCUCAACAGCUGAUUGCCGCCGUGCAAAACAAUGCCGACGAAAGUCAACAGCUGCAGGCGGCCAUCGAGAUGUGCCAGCUGUUGGUGAUGGGCAAUGAAGACACGUUGGCCGGAUUUCCCGUCCGCCAAGCCGUACCCGCCCUUAUCCAUUUGCUCCACAUGGAACACAAUUUCGACAUGAUGAAUCACGCCUGCCGGGCAUUGACUUAUAUGAUGGAGGCGCUUCCUCGCUCGUCGGCCGUCGUCGUCGACGCCGUGCCGGCCUUCCUCGAGAAACUGCAGGUUAUUCAGUGCAUGGACGUGGCCGAGCAGAGCUUGACGGCUCUGGAGAUGCUGUCGCGCCGGCACGCCAAGUCCAUCCUGCAGGCCCGCGGAGUUUCGGCUUGCCUCAUGUACCUGGACUUUUUCGGCAUUAACGCCCAGCGAGCCGCACUCUCCAUCACGGCCAACUGCUGCCAAAACCUUCACACCGACGAGCUGCACUUCGUCUCGGGAUCGCUGUCCGCUCUGGCUUCGAGGUUGACCCAGCACGACAAGAAGAGCGUCGAAAGCAUCUGCAUCGCCUUCAGCCGAUUGGUGGACAGUUUCCACAACGAAUCGGAGCGACUGCAGGAGAUUGCCAGCACGGAAUUGCUGGCCAACUUGCAACAGUUGCUGGUCAUCAUGCCGCCAGUCCUCUCUAGUGCAACAUUUAUCAUGGUCGUGAGGAUGCUCUCCAUCAUGUGCGCCCACUGUCCGGAACUGGCCGUCAAGCUCCUGAAACAGAACAUUGCCCACACGCUGUGCUUGCUGCUGACGGGGCCUUCGGGGGCAGUUGCCAGCGCCAACACGUCGGCCUCCACCGCCGGCGAGAAAGCGACCGGAGCUUCCUCGACGACUCCAUCGCCGGCCAAAGAGCACCACCAUCAACAGGAUCAUGAAGUGGAAUUGGUGGCCCGCAGUCCGCAGGAAUUGUACGAGAUCACGUCGCUUAUUGGCGAAUUGAUGCCGCGUCUGCCGACGGACGGCUUCUUCGCCGUCGACGUCUGGCUGACCAAGCCCAGCACGGUCCAUUACGACGCGGUGCAGUGGCAGUGGCGCGAUGACCGCGGGUCGUGGCACGCUUAUUCGGCCAUCGAUUCGCGGAUGGUGGAAGCCGCCCACCAAUCGGGCGAGGAUGAGAUCAGCCUGUCCACCAUGGGUCGCACCUACACCCUGGACUUUCAUUCUAUGCAGCAGAUAAACGAAGAGACGGGCACGACGCGGCCCGUUCAGCGUAAAAUGAACAAUGCCAGCGGCUCCAGUGGUUUGGGCGGAGGCUCGGUUGGUCUGGGAGUCAAACAGAGUGAUUCCAGGAUCGAGUGUCUCCAGGAAGAAACGGAACUGGCCACGCAGUUUAUCCGCUCGCUCUUUUCUCUUCUCUACGAAGUGUACAGCAGCUCAGCUGGACCGGCCGUUCGUCACAAGUGCCUGCGCGCUCUAUUGCGGAUGCUAUAUUACGCUUCGCCCGAACUGCUGCGCGAUGUUUUAAAGAGUCAGAGCGUGGCCAGUCACUUGGCCGGCAUGCUCUCGUCGCAGGAUCUCAAGAUCGUCGUCGGUGCCACUCAAAUGGCCCACAUUCUCAUGCAGAAGCUACCGGACGUCUUUGGCGUUCACUUUAGACGCGAGGGAGUCAUGCACCAAGUCCAGCGAUUAGUGGCCGAACCGGCGGAAUCGCCUUCGUCCACCGCAACAACGCCAGCAGCCAUCCCCAUCACUCCGUUUCAGGGUGAUAUUUCAAACGGAACGGUGGCGUCCUCAACUCCGGUAACGGACCAGUGUUCAUUAGGAAACGGCGCUAGUGGCUCCAGUGGGACCACUCUAGUGGCUAGCAGCCCGGAACGGAUUGCUUCAGUGGGCGCAAGUGCGACUUCUACUACCGGCAAUGAGACCGGAGAAUCUGCGGUGACCCUAGCGAAUUCAAUUGCGGCUGUUUCCACAGUGGCGUCUAGUCCCAUGAAACUGAGCGACGUUUUGAAACGUAAACGCGGGGCGAAACGUGGUGCUGUCGGUGCCCGCAAAUCGAGGACCUAUGCGGAAGAGACGCCGUCGUCAGCUGGACCGGCUGGUUGCAGCAUGGAUGGUCACGAUUAUUUGAAGAGUGGUGCUAGCGCCAGUAGUAGCAGCAGUGCCGGAAGCACUGGUGGAGCCCGAUCCAAGUUUGGUUUCGCCAUGGCCGGCCACAGCGGUGGUGGGGCAAGUAACAACGGGACGCCGACGUCAGCCAUCAGCGGAAGUGCAGCCAAAGCCACGAGCUUCCUUGCCAACCUCAAUCCUGCUCGCUGGGGACGCUCUCAUCAUCACAACCAGGCGUCGAGUUCCGGCAGCCCCAACGCCGCCUGUUCCUCGUCGUCUCCCAGCCUUUUGCCUAAUGUGCCCAAAUCGAUGAGCAACCCGCAACUGGCCGGCAACCGUGAAAAGAUCAAGACUUGGAUUCGCGAUCAAGCCACUCUUUUCCUAUCCACUUAUUUCAGUCCGGCUGCAUCGGAGGCUGGCGAGGCUGGCAAUGGCCAAUCCGGUGAAGGGUCGGGUGGACCCACUUCUGGUCUCAGUGUCUUGUCGGAAUUGACGCGACUGGUUCAACGUCUUGAAGCCGAACCGCUGCUGGCCAAAGAAACAUUGGAGCAGAUUCGUGCCAUCGUGGCUGAUUCCGAUGUCUCUUCGUUUGAAAUUCUCCACAGCGGACUGGUCCAGUCUCUUCUCAAGUACCUUACUGCGGACGGAAUCGACCGCACGGAUCGAUUGCGGCUCUUCCUCCAGGAAUUUCUCCGUGUUUCGCCCACCAGCGAAUUUCCCACGUCAGAGGCGGCGACCCAUUUGCUGGCGUUGACGCACAAACUGAGCGGCUGUGUUAAUCAACUCGAGCAGUUUCCCGUACGAGUCCACGAUUUGCCUGCUCCGGCCGGCACCUCUGGCGCUUCCGGCGGCUAUUUCCGAUCCGGAACGUCGGCUUUGCGCUUCUUUAAUACGCACCAGCUCAAGUGCAACUUACAGCGGCAUCCGUCCUGCAACAAUGUCAAGCAGUGGAAAGGCGGCACCGUCAAAAUCGAUCCACUCGCUCUGGUACAGGCCAUCGAAAAGUAUUUGGUGAUCCGCGGCUAUGGCCGCAUCCGGGACAAGGACCUGGCCGAUAGCGACGACGAUAACAGCGAAGAUGACGUGGACGACAGUCUUGCCACCGUUUUGAUGAAUCAGGGAAAUAGCGUUCGUCACAAGCUCCAAUUUCUGGUCAAUGAUCACGUGAUCCCCUACAACAUGACAGUCUAUCAAGCCAUCCGGCAGUUCAGCAUGGAUCAGUCAGAGACGGACACGGAUUCUGAAACUCCAAUGGGUCAUGCGUCCAUCUGGGUUCAGACGCACACCAUCUUUUACCGUCCCGUGCCCGAUAACGAUCCUUGCAAUUACGCCAGUCCCAAUGCGGCCAAAAAUACCGGUGCACCAAAUGUCCUGUUGCCGUGUGGAUCCGCUUCCGGAACGCGUAAAGGCAAGGGAGCAAACGGCAAAAGUUCGAACAAAAAGAAAGGCGACGAUCUGUGGAUAGACGGAGUUGCUCCAGAAGUGAAUUCCCCCAUAGUGCCAUUUUUGACCAUGCGGAUGCCAGAGUAUGUGACGGUGGACGACCCGUCGUUGGAGGUUCUCAACCUGUUGCGCAUUGUCCACUCCCUCAACCGUCAUUGGGGAUUCCUCUACAACCUGGUCGACUACAAGCCCAUUUUGUCGAAUCCUGACCUAAUUAACAUGAAACUCACUGCCAAAGCAAAUCGUCAAUUGCAGGACCCACUAGUGAUAAUGACGGGCAACUUGCCACCGUGGCUGGCACAAAUCGCUACGGCAUGCCCGUUUCUGUUUCCUUUUGAAACUCGGCACCUGCUCUUUUACGCUACGGCAUUCGACCGUGACCGGGCUCUUCAGCGGCUGAUGGACUCUGCUCCUGAAUUAAUGAGCGGCGGCGACAGCAGCGAGCGCGUCACGCCCCGGCUCGACAGGCGGAAACGCACAGUGUCGCGUGAAGACAUCCUAAAACAGGCAGAGCAAGUCAUGCAGGACAUGGCUUCGUCUAGAGCCCUUCUCGAAAUUCAAUACGAAAAUGAGGUCGGAACUGGACUCGGUCCGACGCUCGAGUUUUAUGCACUGGUGUCGCGCGAGUUGCAGCGCUUUGAUCUGGAACUGUGGCGCGGGGAAGCUGUUUCGGCAGCCCUCGGCGCCGGAUCGCAUGGCUCUUCGUUGCCAUCUCCUUCUUCCUCGGCGGAAGAACCGUCCAAAGCGCGGACAAGUCCUGCUUCGGUCGCCGGAUCCACUACCGUCGACUACGUCCACAAUCAGUAUGGCCUCUUUCCUUCACCGUGCUCGCGCAGUCUUAAGGCCGGACCACUGGCCAAGAUUCGCUCCAAAUUUCGCUUCGUCGGAAAGUUUAUCGCUAAAGCGAUUAUGGAUUCAAGAAUGUUGGAUUUGCCGUUCAGUCCGGUGUUUUUCCGCUGGUUACUUGGUCAGGAGAGGUUCCUGACAGGUUCGGACAUGGUGCAAUUGGAUCCCGUUUUGGCACGGACGUAUAAAUCACUGAUGCGCAUCGUCGACGAGAAAAAGUGCAUCGACCAGGACCCGUCCCUUACGCCGGCCCAACGACAGGCAGCAAUCCAGGCGCUCAAUCUCGACGGCUGUCCCGUCGUCGAUCUCGGUCUGGACUUUACCCUGCCUGGUUCGUCGACUGUCGAACUGCGUAAAGGCGGCAAAGAUCAACCUGUCACCAUCAAUAAUUUGGAACAAUACCUCAAGUUACUGUCUCACUGGAUCCUUGUGGAGGGUGUAUCUCGGCAAAUGGAAUCCUUGCGCGAAGGCUUUGAAUCUGUGUUUCCGCUUCAUCAUCUCUCCCUUUUCUACCCGGAAGAAAUGGAUCUCCUCCUCUGCGGGGCUUCCCAAAGUACUAAUGAAGGUGCUUGGGAGGUACAAAAUUUAUUGGAUGCCUGGAAGCCUGAUCACGGUUUCACAUUGGAGUCGAAAGCUAUUCGAAAUCUGGCCGAGAUUCUCUCGUCCUACACCAAGGAAGAGCAACGCCUUUUCUUGCAAUUUGUCUCAGGAUCCCCUCGUCUCCCGGUCGGAGGUUUCAAGAGUUUGUCUCCUCCCUUGACGGUGGUACGGAAAACGUUAGAGCCAAAUCAGAGUCCAGAUGAUUUCCUUCCGUCUGUGAUGACGUGCGUCAACUAUUUGAAGCUACCCGAGUACAGCAGUCUGGAGAUUAUGCGUCAAAAGCUGUCGGUUGCCGUCCGCGAGGGCCAGCACUCGUUUCAUCUUUCUUAAAAAUAAAAACAGCAUCAAUAUCCUUUCGAAACAGACAGAGGAGACGGCCAAAAUUUCCCCUCCUUCCCUCCUUUAUUUUCAUUUAGUUAUUGGUUUCCUUAAUUUUUCCAUUUGUUUCCUUAACAAAAGCGCGACGUGAAACGAACGAACAUUUUUGUAUCUGUGUUCAUCUGUUUGCGCUUUUCUCUCUUUAAUUGCCGUGAAAGAAAAAAAGAAAAGAAAAAAAAAAAAGAAAUUGUUCCUGCUGGACCGCUCUUCUCUGCUCUCCAGGCUCCUCCCUUUCUCACCCCUUCCCUUUCACCUAGCACCAUCUAUAUUAGAUUGAAAGAAAUGAAUGAAACCAAUAAGCAAUGUGUGAGGAAUGUCUGUUACGUGUUUGUGUCGAGUGAAAGCGCCUAAUAUGCGAAUGUUAGUUAAGUGCGUCCACGUGUAACACUAGAUGUAAGACUCAGUGUCUGAUGUCCCUUAAACCCCCCCUCCCCGUAAACUUUGCUAAUUCCUCUUUUGCGAAAAAAUGCUUCUAUCUAUUUGUUUGUUGAUUCGUCCCAUCUCUUUUUUUUUCCUUCUUCCUUUCUUCAUUUUAUCUCCCCACUCUCUUUCGUCAGUCAAGGUGGCAAGACGACACACAGAUUGAAAACAGUUAAAAUGUCAUGCUGAUGAGUUAGCACGCGGAGAGCCGCGCUCGCCCACCGUGUGUGUCAGAACCGAAAUGAAGAUGACUAAGAAAGAGGAAUGCUUUUGAUUCCUUUCGUAAUAAACAAGGCCUUUUCCUCCCUCGUCCCUCCACACAGAGAAUGGGCUAUCUUUAUUUCGUACGGAUAGUGCCGGAAACAUCAAAAACAGAGAAAGUUUUGGAAAUUGGAGGAAAACUUUGGAUAGCCUUGUGCCUGCUGUGAAAUCCGGAAAUGGAACCAAUAGUUUUGUAAUUCGUGUCGGAAGUUUAGUGGGUUUAUUUCUUUGUUUUUUUUCUUCCCCCUCCCCCGUAAUACUGAUAGCAAAAACAAGCUGGCAUUUCACGUCUCUGUCGAUGAUUUUACUUGCUGAUUUGCUUACCGUCAUCAUCUAACCUGUUUCCCCAAUAUGUGCCCUCUACUCCUUGAUUGCAGAUUUUUUUUUCCUGAUCCUCUCUAUCCAAAGACUUUGCUUUCCCCUAAUUCUGAAUAUUUUUUUUUUUAUAAUUUUCAUUUUUUUUUCUUCUUCCCUCAUCUCGCUCUUUCCUUUGUUUCUUUCUUUUUUUUUUGUUUUUUUUUCUAUUGAUAAAUAUUUUCGUGUUUUUUUGGCGUAUGGCGUAGUUUAAAAUAAUACACUUUUGAACAUCUA